AUGAAGGCCUCCGCCAUGCUUGUUUUCCCCGUCCUUGCCCUUGGCGCAGCUACGCCUAAGCUUCCCGUUCCUUCUCUCGAUCCGGCCUGUCUUCAGAGUAUCACUAGCAUCUCUGACUGCAUUAAGAAUCUCAAGCCCACCAGCGCUGUCGCGCUUGCCGACGUCGCAACCUGUCUCACCGAACUUGUGGCUGGGAUCCAAAAGUGCAUCCCUGAUGUCCCUGGAGGUCUGCCAACUGGCCUCCCCACUGGUCUACCUGUUCCUUUGCCUACUCCUCUGCCCGGUGGCCUUCCUGGAGGUGGUAUCCCUGGAGUUCCUGGGCUUCCUUGA